UUUCCUUCACUACUUUCCCAAAUAGUGGACUCAAAUGUCAUUCGCUAUAUAAGGAAUAGUGAAGGAGUGAGCGAUUUAAGACAUAGCUUAAGAUUCACAAUAUGUCAGUCGCUCAGCGGAAACGAGCUUGUCGUAAGCUUGUCGGUUUGGAGAAAACCGUAUUAUAAAUGAAAAUCUCGAUUAUGGUUAAUUUAGUUUAGAAUAUAAGCUAAAACUUAUUACUGUUGCCCGGACCAAUAUGGCGGUAACGUUGACGUACUAUACAGCGGUCAAUGCGGCGUCUAUUUAUAUGUAUAUGGUCGGUGUCCUAAAGUAUGUCGACCACGACCCAGAAUGCAAUGCGCCGUGACGUCGAUUCCCGAACUCUAUUGGGCAAUCUUACGGCUAUGAAUGCUAUGUGGAGAGUAGCGAUGUCGGAGGAGGUUGGGAAGAAGAUGCAGGCGGUGGUGGACCGGGUAAAUCUGGCGGUUACCCGACGCCCAAAGACAUUACCAUGCAUUGCACCUAGGUUAGUUGCUGUGAGUAAAACCAAGCCUCCAGACAUGGUAGUUGAGGCUUAUAAACAUGGGCAGCGCAACUUUGGAGAGAACUAUGUAAAUGAGCUUGUGGAGAAAGCUUCUCACCCUCUGAUUUUGACAUCAUGCCCUGAAAUUAAAUGGCAUUUCAUCGGGCAUCUACAGAAGGGCAAUGUUAAUAAACUUUUAGGUGUUCCAAAUCUUGACAUGGUUGAGACAAUCGACUCUGUAAAACUGGCUGACAAACUUAACAGCUCAUGGCAGAAGUUACGAUCUUCUAACACCCAGGGGUUAAAGGUCAUGGUUCAGAUCAACACCAGCGGCGAGGAAAGUAAACAUGGCCUGCAUCCUGAGGAAACUGUUAAUACAGUCAAGCACAUUGUAUAUGAUUGUCCUGCCCUGGUCUUCUCUGGACUCAUGACUAUUGGCCGUUAUGGUUAUGAUCUCAAUGAAGGCCCCAAUCCAGACUUCCAGAUUCUGCUAAAGCGUCGUGAAGAGGUUUGUGAGAGUCUGAAUCUUCCACUGGAACAGGUUGAGCUCAGUAUGGGCAUGUCCACAGACUUUGAACAUGCGAUUGAGGUAGGCUCCACUAAUAUCCGUGUUGGUAGCACUAUUUUUGGAACACGGGAAUAUCCAAACACUCCUAGCCCCAGCCCAGAAAAAAAGCCAGAGGUUGCAUCAGAGGAAGCAGCAAAGAAGAUGGAAAAUCUUACAGUAAAAGAUCAUUAAAUAAUAGAAACAAAGAUAGACACACUGAAUCUGGAUGGUUUAAGAGAACCCAGCCCUAAGAACAAGACAUAUCUUAAUUAUACACCUGGUCUUCUUAUGGAAGGUUCAGGCAGAAAGGUAAGUUUCCUUUCAAGUAGACAUAAGUUUGUCCAAUUUCAAACAAUUCUCAUGUUAUGUUCAUUAUUAACAGCAUACUGGAUCCACGUUUUAUUAUUUUUUUUAAAAGUUAAUAGAUUAACACAUUUGCAUUUCUUUCUUAAACUGUUAACAAAGUAUAGCUUAUGAUCAUUGAAUGACGUGUGGAUUGCAGUGUUUUCUGUCAGUAGACCACUUUUUCUGUUUCAGUAUGACAUGAUCCAUGACACCAUGCAGUAUGACAUGACCUAAAAAGAGAAAGUGUUAAUGUAAAUGCACAUGUAUUGUGUAACUACUUGUCUGUUGAUGUGAAAGAUGUUUUAAAGAAACUGGUAUUUGCUAUUAUUCAAAAGUUCCUAUAUGGAGAAUUUGCAUAAACCUUGAAAUUGAAAAUUGAAAGCACAAGUUCCAGAGAAAUGGUGGACGUAUGUGAUUUAGAACUUUGACAUUUUGUUAAUUAUGGUUGUAUGACAUUUAACCAGAAUUUGUUUUUGAUUUAUAUUUUUAUUGUGAUAAAUAAAACAAACUAUUUGCUAUGUGCAAACAACUCUGAAAGGAAAAUGGAAAAUUGUUUUUCCUGCCACAUACCCAGCGUCUUAGAUAGGUGGGUUGAUGAACAGUAAAAAGUAUGCACAAGAAAUUGAAAGGCAUACAUUUUCAUAUCGCAUCUCACCAAAACCUAUUAGACACGAUAACAUCAACAUUUUUAAUGAAUAAGAGUCCAGCAAGGAGUUCUCUUUGUCAGUUUUUUUUUUAUUCAAGAUAUGAAUGGGCAGUUUUUAUCGUACAUGGAUUUAAACAUAUCUGGGAUGCUUGAGGAUUGACUAAAAAUAUUUUUUGAAAAAAUGUUAUUAUAAAGGGUGGUGAUGUUUGCAAUAUGAUGAAUAGAUGCUUGAAGCUGCUCAAAGCAGAUUUUAUUAGCUGUGCAGUGCGAGAAUACACCAGUCACCCAAUCAGUUUUAGGGUACUAAGAGAGCUGAAAGUAACCGAUAGUGCUCUCUGAUUUUUUUUUUUAUUAUUUUUUUUUUUUUAAUUAAAAUCUCUGGUGUCAGUCUGCCCGCUUGUUUAAUUGUCAUCUCUCAUAAGUAUAAGCAUCGAAAAACUUUUUUGGGGAAAAAAAAGUCAACAUUAGCGGUUUCCGCCAUUUCGUACCAAAAGUUAGUGACAGCUCAAUAAGUUAAUGACACUAGACUUAUAAACAACAAAUUUCAGAAGUAAACGCAAAUAAUCAAACCGAAGUUUAUGCUUGCAAUUUAUUUAUGAUGCAUACAAAUUACAAAGGUAAAAUAAGAUAUACCAGCGUGUAAAAGUUUUUUUAAUAGGCUACUCAACUAAACACUACUGCAGCUUCAAGCAAUUCUGACUGGUGCUGAUAUGUUUAAUUUACCAUUGUUUAUUCAUUGUUUAUACUGCUUAAUCAUGGUUAUUGCUAUUUCAGUGAUUGGCAGUUGGUUGUAAGGUUCUGCCCCUUGCAGCUUGUUUGUUUUGUUUGGCUAAACAGUUUGUCAUGAAAAUACCGGGGAAAGACUAGAGACUACGAUUUCCAUCAGUCACUGCACCAUGUCACAUGUCCAGGUUCACCUGAUGAGGUUUUUGGUUAAUCAGCUUCAUUAUAUGUCACGUUUUGCACUGCACAGAUUGUCUUCUGUUUGUCUAAUGUUGUUUUGUUCCUUUGUUUCUGUUUUUCUCUGCCUAGUUUUCAUAGUGUUUAAUCAUUUAUGCUUGUAAUUUUGUAUUGUUCAAUUAAAUCUGCACUUGCAUCCGA